AUGCUUAAGAGAGAAAGCAAGCAUAAUCUAGAUACAUAAGAAUAUUAUUCUAGCAACAAUGGACAAGAGUACAGCAUUUAAAUUCCCAAUGCAUAUAAUUAAAUUAGCGAGCCAAUAAUAUAUCACUCUCAAGACUAGAUUUAAUUAAAUAGACCUAAUUUUCUACCAAAGCUGCUCAAAAAUCCUGAGCUUGUUAACAGGCAGGAGAGUAAUCCUCUAAGUUAAACUGCAUUCGCGAAAUAUACAAUCUAAGGCUAAUUGACUCACCUCUCAAAUUUAGAAACUUAGAAGUUUAAAUCAUAACACAAUAAUUCAACAUAGGAUACCUAAUAUUAUGACAGAGAUCAUGAAGCUGAACAGGAAAGACGCAAGAAAGAAAUUUUAUAUUAGUCAAAUACAAUACCUGCUCAAUAAAAACAAAAUAAUCAUACAGUUCUAAAUGAGUAAACUAAAUUACCUUUGAUUCCGAUCAAGCACAUAAAUACAUAGUAAUUACCUCCAUCUAUUGAUCAUAUCAAAGCAAACACCCCUUAAUAUAAUCACUUCUACAACAUAUUUAACGAGGAAAAUUCAAAAAUGAGGCCGCCAAGAAGUAAUCAAAUAAUUAGAAGAACUAUUAUGAAUGAGUUCCCACAUGCUUAGAGUCAUUAAUAAUUCAGACCAUCUAAUUAUCUGGAUUAUUCAAAUAAUUAAUAAGAAUAUAUGAGAAGUCCAGAGUUUUAAAACAAACAGCCACCUAAAUCAAGAUUAAUUGCUAAUUCUUCUAAUUUUACCCUUCAUAAUCCUCAGUAAGAUUAUAAUUUAGAAGAAGAUAAUAUCAGAUAAGAAAUAGUCAUCAGAAUACCAAUGAGGUUAAAAUAAAAUGGAGAGUUAGAUGAAAAUAUAAAAUUAAAAUUAGAUAACAUCAGAUAAAUUCUAUCAUCAUCUUAAGAGUAAUCUAAAUAUGAGUAAGACAACAACAAAAUUCUAUUGAAGAUCCCAGACUCAAUUUAGAAUCAAAGUUCAUUGAAUUACUCUAGAGUCAGCUCGCAGUAUCCUGAGUUUCAAAGAUUUGAUAAUCAUCGCUCUAGUCUUGAAAAAAAUAAUAAAAAUAGCGGAACCCAAUAACCUGCAAUUGAGCUUUAACCUCAUCAGAGGAAUAUUCUGAACAUGAUUAAAUAAAAGAAGAUGAGUCAAAACCCAUACAAAUAAUGGGAUAAUUAGGGCUCAAAUAUGUCUAUAGGAGAUAAUAGUAGAUUACUGAAUUAAAGGUUAGUUUCUACAACUCAGAUUGACAAAUAUGACGAUCAUCAUCAUACUGCUGUUAAGUAUCAAGAAUACAGAGAAUAACUUAAGAUGUAACCAAAGUAAACACUUUUGAUUUAUGAAUUCUAACAAUCUGAACAGCCUGUAUAUUACUAAUAAAUGCAAUAAAUGCAUGAACAAUAAUAAUAACAAAAUAAUUCUCAGUAUUAAGAUAAGCAGAAUCAACAAUAGUAAUAGUAAUAGUACUUGUAGAAUUAAAUUUCAAACUAGCAAUAGAAAUCACUUUCUAAUGUAAAUAAUAAAAUAACUGCAAGCAACUAAAGACUAAAAUAUACCUAAAAUGAUAUUAAUUCCUAAGAAUUAAACUAGUCUUUACAAGAAGAAUAAAAGGAGCAAGUUAACUAUUAUAAUCCAAGAAAGAUUGUAAAGAGAAUCGAUGAAGAUGAUACAUUUUAGGAGAAAGUUGAAUAAAUAAAAAAGAAUAAUUUGAAAUUAAUUGAUGUAAAAUCAAAAGAUUCUUCAAAGGGACUAGAAAGAAAGAGCACAAUAAAUUCUGAAUUAAGAAUUCCUAUAAAGAAAAAGACGACUGCAGAGAGUGGAUCUCCCUCAUCUUAAAGCUUCCAAAAAGAAGGAUCAUCUUCAAAUAAGAAUAUAGAACCAAAAAGAAGACAGACAAUGAUUGGUGGUUCAGGAGAAAAAACUUCAGCUAUACAUUAAAGUAUUGCCAGCUAUGCUCUUAAUGUGUUUAAAAAAAUAUAAUCUAAGAAACAAAAUCUUAAGAUUCCUCAAAGACCAGAUGAUCUCAAACAAAUCUUCUUAAAUAUCAGCUUAGAUGCCUAUAAAAAGGUCCUGCAAACUAAGUAAAAAAAGUAAGAGGAAAAUAAAGAAAAAGAUAAAGGCAAAAAGAAUUGA